AUGCCAGUGAGCGAGAGCCACGCAGCAGGCCCGCGAGAGGAUUGCGGAGGCAGCUCAAGGAGGAAGAGCUGGGGGCUGGUGGUCACCACUGGUGUCGGUGGGGCUUUGGUGGCCCUCUAUGCUGUGGUCACCCCCUUUGUGACUCCAGCUCUGAGGAAAGUGUGCCUGCCCUUCGUUCCUGCAACUUCCACUCAGAUCCAAAAUGUGCUGAAAAUGUUAGAAAACCGAAGUGGCUCCCUGGUUGACAUUGGUAGUGGGGAUGGCCGUAUUGUGAUAGCAGCUGCAAAAAAGGGAUUCAAAGCUGUUGGUUAUGAAUUAAAUCCCUGGCUAGUUUGGUACUCUAGAUACCGUGCCUGGAGAGAUGGGGUACAUCAGAACACCAAAUUUUAUAUUUCAGACUUAUGGAAGGUUUCUUUUUCCCAUUAUGCAAAUGUUGUUGUUUUUGGGGUACCUCAAAUGAUGCCACAGUUGAAGGAGAAGCUAGAAGAAGAACUUGAAUGUAACGCCAGAAUCAUUGCCUGUCGUUUUCCUUUUCCUUGCUGGGUCCCAGAUCAUACUACUGGAGAGGGCAUAGACACUGUGUGGGCCUAUGAUUUGAAACAUUCUAGAGGAUGUGAAACAAAAAGCUUGGAAACUACACCAGAGACAGACUCCUAAACAUCUAAUUUGUUUUUGUACUGAAAUUUUUUUAUUUUGACU